GUCCUCCUCUGAAGCGAUAAGCAAAUUGAAUUCUGAAGACGUGUAAUCACAUUUCAAAAUUCUAUUUUAAUAGGGCAUUAAAAAUAAAUUGUCGUGCCCGAUUCCGAUUUCGACCCCGAUGCCGUCGGAGGAUUAUCAGUGCCGAGUGGUCGACAUGACCUCGACAAUCGGAAUCUUAAUGUGCCAUUUGACACAGUUGGACAGUUGGACAGGCACUGGCUCACUUAUGCAACCGAAUGUCCAACGCUAUCAGCCAUUUCCACACAGUGAAGCUUCUAAUCUCUGACACCCUCCGAUCCACCUCCCCAUGCCCCUUUCCCAUCCCCAUUGCCAUCCAAUAAUGGGCAUGUUUUGAGCGCAUGAAAUAAGAUGAAGUCUAUAUUCUUGAACCCCAAUGAACUUUGGGCUAGAAAAUGCAACUAAUUUACGUACUAGAAACAUUUUUCAUUUAUAUUCUAACUAAAAUGAUUUCUGAUAGUUUUCAGUCAAUUAAGUCCGACCCAAAGAAAGGCAACUAUUUUCGGGUUAUUCAGGGAUUUCAUUUAAUUACUUAGAGUAUAUUUUGGUUUGAGAAAUCACAUGAUUUGGGAGCCAUUGGUCAAGUAAUGAGUUCUGGAAACUUUGACUAAAUAAAAUGUUUUCCGAGAACUGGUAUUUAAGCUCGAAUUAAAAUGAAUAUUCAAGUUUUUCCAAUUCGAUCUUUAAGCAUAAUACACAAUAUAAAUCAAACUCUGGUGAUAUUGGCACACUUGAAUUUAUUUUUUAAAUAACAAUAAUGUAUUCAUGUACCCACUGAUUUAGUUAUAAUUUUUUCUUAUAGUUUUUGCUUUUCAUUUUUCUUAUAGUUUUCAGUAACAUUAAAUAAUUGCUUCAGUUAAAUUAUAUUGCUUUUUAUUUUUCGACUUUGAUAAUGUAUACAAUUUUUUUGGCGUUUCAUUUAACUUUUAUUUUUAAGACUCUGACAUUUUGUCGAGGAGACAGUAUGAACCAAGAAUCGCCGGCGUCGAAGACGUUCCCGUCGCUCUUAAAUGGCGCUCCCAAAACUAUUUUUGCCCUCCGUUCAGCAGUCCGUCCGUCUGUUUGUUUGUCCGCGAGUGUCUCCCGUGUCCGUCCGUUCAUCAGUCCGUCCGUAUUCGUUUGUGUCCGCCUCUGUCUAGCCGUCAGUUUGCGGUGCGCUUUUAGUUUUAGCAUUUACUUCUAGCAUAGCUGGCAUUUUUGUAGCAAUUCGUGUCUAUAUGGCUUGUUUCCCCAUCGUGCUUCUCCUUUUUUCGCAUUCUAUAUUGUAUUCGGUGCUCUCUUUGUUUUGGGUCCGGGUCUGUAAAUGCCGCGUGCUCAUCACUCGCAGACACUUUAGAAUGCAGCGAGUAUCUGUGAGAUGCGAGAUAGAUGGAUGGAUAGAUAGGCGGAGCACACGGAUCUUGAGAGGAGGAACGCGGGGGAGUACGAAAGGUUUUUGGGGUUGGCUAACCAGAUUUCACAGGGAUACUAAGCUAGGGCACUUUUCAUUUAUAUUUUAUUUAAUAUUUAAAUCUACAUAUGUCUUAAAAUAAAUAUUUUUAACGCUUUUUACUCAAUUUUUAAUUUUUUUUCAAAUCACAAGAUCUUAUUGGAUGUUCAGAUGGUUCUAUGUAUAUCUGACCCUCAAACAACUAAAUACUUUAUAUAUAACAAUUGUUAUCGCCUUUUCACUGCUUUAAAUUUUUUUUUUUUUUUUUUUUUUUUUGGUAUUGUUGCCAAUUGCAAAGGUCUAACAAUUAAAUGUUUAUUAUAAAAUAGUUUAUGUUUAAUCUUCCCACCUGUACCAUCUUCAUUUAUCGCCCCAUCGCAAAAACUCUUGUUUUUUAACCUGUGUUCAAACCGAUAGAACAAUUCCAAGAAAACGCGUAUUGUCUUUGAGUAAAGAGAAUAUAGUAUUGAUAAAUUUUUACAAAAAACAGACAGCUUUGGGCUAAAAAUCAACAACUUAUCGAAUGAAAUCGGCAGCGAAUAAAAUCCAUUUUUCCAACUUGCUUAAUGCUAAUACGAAGAUUUCUCGCCAUACUCCUGCUGCUCCAUCGCCUUCUGUUUCACUGCACCUAUGGCCACGUCCUGGCCAAGGCAAGUGGUAUUGUACCCCAUCUAUAACUUCUUCAACCUGUUCUUUGGCCUUCCAAUCACAGAGGCACGGUCACCUGCACAAACGAAUGGUUAAUCCACGAGAGCUCCUCAAUGAUUUUGCAGCUAUCCAGGGAGCAGGAACCGCAAUCGUUGCUGAAAGAUCGCCUGCUUCCCUGUUCGACGUUGGGGGAUCAGGAGCGGGAGCGGGAACAGGAGCGGGAGCGGGAACAGAAGCUAGAAGUGGCACUGGAACCGGCGUGGGAACUGAUUCUGGAGCCAAGCACAACACGCAAAACAACUGCGAAGGUGGUGGGUCAGGAGGCAACGGAAUUAAUGCCAAGUGUAAUGUUAAUUCCAUCUUUACGCCCGGUGAUCCCAAACAAAAGUCCUCUGCGAUAGCCAUUAAGGCUGCCAAUGAUGCCAAGGCGGCCAGUGAGGCGCAAUCGGCCGCCGGCCAGGCUGCAGCCCACCACAUCAAGCUGGAGCUGGCCGAGAAGGCCUUCCAGUCGGCCAAGGCCGCCGAGGCAGCCCUGAUGGGCAAACAGAUGAUGGUGGAUCAGCUGGAGCAGGAGAUGCAGGAGGCCACGGCCGUCGUGGAAGAGGAGACUAAGUCCAUUCACCACACGGAGGCCAAUAUGAAUGCCGCUGUGGAGGCGGCUCGAGCGGCCACCCAGCAAUUCGAGGCCAUCAGCGAACUGCAGAGGACUGCUCGUGAAUCGUUGGCCAAUGUCCAGGCGGUGGCCCUAGGAUCGCAGCAGGAAUUGGCCGCCAAGACGCAGCUCCUCGAGGCAGCCCGCAAUCGUAUGGGUGUGCUCCAGAAACAGCUGGUCAGUGCCCACGAUGACUACGAGAAGACCAAGCAGGCGGCCUACAAGGCAGCCUGUGCGGCUGUGGAGGCCAAACAAAGGGCUGGCAGUAGUCUGUCCCAUUAUUAUAUUUUGUAAAUGAAUUAUAAUAUUUUAGAAUUCAUGAUUUUUGUGAUCUGCCUUUCCAAAAUAUAUAUUCAGUAAUGAAUAAAUAAUGUGAAUAAUGUGAUCUGCCUUUCCAAAAUAUAUUUCCAGUAAUGAAACCAAAGUUUUAUUGGCCAAUUCAUAAACCUUAAUUGAAUAAUAAAUAUUUUUAACGCUUUUUGGCUUACA